AUGACGUCAAUCGGCACAGGCUACGAUCUCUCCAACUCGGUGUUCUCGCCAGACGGCCGGAAUUUCCAGGUCGAGUACGCCGUCAAGGCAGUUGAGAACGGCGGCACCGCCAUCGGCAUCAGAUGCAAGGAUGGCGUAGUGUUGGCAGUGGAAAAGAUCGUCACGAGCAAGCUCCUAAAGGCAGGGGCGAACAAGAGAAUCGCAUCAGUCGAUCGCCAUGUUGGAAUCGUAUCCGCUGGACUGGUUCCCGAUGGCCGUCACUUCGUUUCCAGAGCUAGGGAUGAGGCUUCUUCGUGGAGAAGCACAUACAAAGGUCCCAUUCCGACCUCCGCGCUUGCCAAUCGUCUCGGUGGGUACGUGCAGGCGUACACACUUUACUCCAGCGUACGGCCGUUUGGCAUAACUGCUAUUGUCGGCGGGUGGGAUAGCGAGGCGGAGCUUCCUGUCGAUGGACAGGUCGGCACCGGACCCAAGUCUGGCUCUGGUGGAAAGGUUGAGGGUGCCAAAGCCGGUGGACCUGGCCUAUACAUGAUUGAGCCCAGUGGACUGUAUUGGGGCUACUACGGCGCUGCUACCGGUAAGGGCCGACAGACCGCCAAAGCCGAGCUGGAGAAACUAGACCUGAGCGCGGGCAAUCUCUCUUUGGUAGAUGGUGUCAAGGAGGCGGCUCGCAUUAUCUAUGUUGCUCACGAAGAUAGCAAGGACAAGGACUUUGAGCUAGAGAUGACGUGGAUCAGCUCUGUCGACGGACCGACCAAGGGUCGUCACGAGGAAGUGCCCAAGGAGCUCUUCGAUGAAGCAGAGAAAGCAGCGAAGCAGUCUAUGGUGGGCGAUGACGAGGAAGAGGAAGAGAAGACUCAAGGCGAACAGAUGGAAGAGUGA